AUGAAUAGUAGUACUUACUGCAAGGGAACGGGACAUUCGUCAUCAAAACAAGAUUUCUUGAGAGGUUAUGCCUCAAAGUCUGGUGACAUUCAAGUAAAGUUUAACAAGUUUGAUACCUACCUUUGCGAUGGUCCAGCCAACCAAACCACCACCAACAAGGACGAACUCAUGACUUUCUUUACCGAUAUGACAAAGAUGAGAAGAAUCGAAACCGUUGCCGAUCAACUCUACAAGAAGAAAUUAAUCAGAGGUUUCUGUCAUUUGUACAAUGGUCAAGAAGCUGUUUGUACUGGUAUGGAAGCAGCCAUUACCAAGGAAGAUCAUGUCAUUACAGCAUACAGAGACCACACUUUUAUGAUGGCUCGUGGUGCCACUCCAAAGGAGAUCUUGGCCGAAUUGUUGAUGAAGUCAACUGGAUGCUCCAAGGGCAAGGGUGGUAGCAUGCACAUGUUUACACGUAAUUUCUAUGGAGGCAACGGUAUUGUCGGAGCACAAUGUCCACUCGGUGCAGGUAUUGCCUUUACCCAAAAGUACAAUAACACUGGCAACGUCUGUCUCACAUACUAUGGUGACGGUGCCGCCAACCAAGGCCAGCUUUUCGAGGCCUUUAACAUGGCCAAGCUCUGGGACUUGCCAUGCAUUUUCAUCUGCGAGAACAACAAAUUCGGUAUGGGUACCCCCCAAAAGCGUGCCGCUGCCGGUGACGACUUUUACACCCGUGCUCACUACAUUCCAGGUAUCAAGGUCGAUGGUAUGAACGUCCUCGCCGUCAAGACUGCCGGUAAGUGGGCUGCCGACUGGUGCCGUGCUGGCAAGGGACCAUUGGUCAUGGAAAUGGACACCUACCGUUACGUCGGUCACUCCAUGUCUGAUCCAGGUACCUCAUACCGUACUCGUGAGGAAGUCAACAAUGUCCGUCAAAUCCGUGACCCAAUCGAAUACGUCCGUAAGCUCAUCCUCGACAACAAAUGCGCCACCGAAGACGAACUCACCGCCAUUGAAGACGCUGCCCGUGUCGAAAUGGACGAAGCCGCUGAAUUUGCCAUCGCCUCUCCAUUCCCAGAACCAGGUGAACUUUACACCAACGUUUACAAAGAACUCGUCCCAGUUCGUGCCGUCGAAAUGACAGAUACACUAAUUGUAGUAGUCAACCAACAAGGGAAUAAGCAACAACAACAACAAAUCAAGGAUAUAAUAUUAUUUGGUGGUAUGUUCAUCAUCUUCAUUCUAUUAAUUUGUUUGUUUGGUCCUCUUAAAAAUGUUCAACAUCACAGAUCAAAUAUAACAGCAGCAGAGCAACAACAACAACAACUACGGUGA